UACACUAGUAAUUGUCAGCCUUCCAGAAUGAUUCCAUUCGUGAGAAUUCCGACCAAAGGAUAAUAUCGACAAAGGAUUUAGUGAAACGUACUAAUGCGACGUAUAGACAAUCCACGUCUCUUGAAUGCUGAAUGUGACAGAUAUCCAGGAGAGUAACAAUGACGAAUUUUGAUAUCAUCAAAUCCAUAUUGGUCAAUGGCAGUGAAGAUGUUUCAAAAAUUGACUUGGAUAAUUGCACCGAGAAAAAUGAUAAAUUUCAGCCAAAAAUUCCAGAUGUAACAUCUGCUCUUGCUACAUCCUUGACUACCCUAUUGUGUCGUAAGAUUUCUCCAGCCGCACAUCAGCGCUACUUAGUCAGAACAAAUAUCAUUGAACAGUUACGCGACUGGUCACGUAUUAAUAGCCGCUAUGAACAGAUGCACUCAUUUACCGAUGGUGAAAGGACUACAAAGUUUACCAUAAGCUUGGUGGAGAAAUACCUGACUGAAGAUUUCAUUACUAAGCAAUCGUCUGUUGGUGCUUUAGUUAAGUUAGCGUGUGUCUUGAUUAAUAUGAAAUUAAAUAUUUCAACAUUUGAUUUCAAAUUGGACAGUAUUAUAAAUAGAAUUUUGUAUUUGGAUGAAACAGAUGAUAGCAACAGAUUUUUAGACACUUUGACUGAAAAAUAUGACAAUCUAUCGCUUGCCCUGAGCACAAUUGAAAAUAUAUACAUUUGCAGACCAAACAAACUAAUCGAAAUACCAAUUGUAGAUCUAUUCAUUUCAUUCAAUGCUAAUCACACAGAGGGUAAUCUUAAUUCAGCUAUCAUUGAGAACCAUAUGAUUCCUACCACAAAAGAUUGUUCAGAUCAUGUGAAUUGCAAUCAAUUACUCGAAUAUAGCUCCAAAUCGCCACGCAUAUUUCAACUACUAUCCAGUGUAAUGAAAGACAUGUUUGCAUACACGAAUUGCAGUGAAAUGUGUGUUAAUUUCAUACAAUACAUACUUAAUUACAUAAGUAAACUUUGUGAUCAGAAAAAACAAAAAAUCUUAGAUCUUUAUCCAAGAAACUUACAGUGUGCUGUUAUUCUUGUAAGAAUAAAUCCUAAUUUACACACAACCAAUUCCAAGGAGUAUGUAAUUCAAAUGCUAAACCGCAUUUACAGUUCAAAUAAAGAGGAACUUUUAAUAUUGCUCACCCACUUUCCUGUAUGGCUCAAAGAAGUCUCAAAUUUGGUACCUUGUAGCGAUAAUCCACUCUCCAGGUGAUAUCACUUUUCCACCUAACCAGUGUCACACAGUGCAUGCUACAGAGGCCGAUGUGCGGUCAGUUGAUCAUUGCUACCAAGUAUCAGUCACUGGAAUUAAAUAUCUUAAAUGAUAACUGUAUACCGUCAGAAAUAUAAAACAUGUAAAUGCUGCAGGGCCAAAAUAAAAACAGGAAACUGUAUCAAAUUGAAAAUCUGCGAUGGAUAGUAUAAUACAUAGAUAGAACUAGUUUGCAUAAUUUGUAGUAACUAUUCUUAUAGUUACUUUACCACAUUUUCUAUUCAACGCCUGAAGUUUUCAAAAAUAUCAUUUGUUAUAAAUAGUUUACGUCUCAUACUUCAAUAAGUAUUAUCGCUCAUUAUAAAGUUGAAACCUGCAAUCAACCGCUGAUUCGAAUUGUUAGAAAUUUAGUAAAUCACAUUCAUUUUGCAGCUGAAACCCCUGUGAAAUGAUUAUAAAAUUUUGAAAUUUUUUAAGAUUUAUCGUCGUUUUGAUAUUGACAUCUUUACUAUGUCUGUCCAUAAAGUAAUUGGCAACAACAGAUUGCACAGGGUCAAGAAUUCGAAUUGUGAGUGGUUUCAGGAAGAUACAGAUUAAAAUUUGUGAAAUUAGUUUACUAAGGAAUAUAGUGUGAAAACGUUUGAUAUUUGGCGUGUAUAAUUUACCUACCGUAAAUCGGUCGCAAAUAUUGCAAUCAAAUAAAUGAAAAGGUUCAAGGUGUAUAUACAGAUACACACACACACACACACACCUUUGUAAUUAUACUUACAUUUAAUAAAAAUCAUGUUUGCCUGUACUGAUAUAUGAAUUUUACAUUAAAUUAUAUCUAAACAUGAAGCACAUUGUUGUUAGAUUUUCCAUCAAACACCAAUGGUACUAAUUCCAUUUCUUAAACAAAAGAAUUAAAUACAGAAUAGCCUUAUAUUAAUGAGCACACAAAGAUCGUCAUACAUCUGAUGUAAUUUACUGAUCUGUGAUUGCUGAGAGAAUUAUUGAAUAUAGUCAAAAUUUGACAGCUUUGUGAUUAAUGAAUUUCAAUGAAAUGGUAUAUGAUGUAAAAUUGAACAUAGGUAACGUAGUGCAUGGUUUAAUUGAAACAGACUUGCUAAUUGUACGUACAGUACAUGUGAAAAUUGAGCAUGUUCAAUGACUGUAAGUGUUAUGAAAAUAUGAAUGACUAAGAUUUCUAACAUAAUUAUUUCCUAAGUUAUCAUAUGGCAUUAUGUAUGAAGUGUCUAGAUAUGAAAUCAAAUGACGUGGAACGUGACAAUUAGCAUAUUAGUCUCCUCGAUACUAUAUACCGUCACUUUGUGACUUUCAUUCAAUUUUAAAUUAAAUAAUAUCAUGAUAAGAUCAAUUUUCUGUAACUGCAAAGAUGUGGCAAAAUUUAUGAAAUCAUCUAAGUAGCACUAUUGCGAACUCAAAUUAAGUUGUACGAAUGAUUUUACAAUGGUAAUUGAUCAUUAAUUAUGCAGCUGUGGCAUAACAUAUCAUUAUGAAGUAAGUUAUUUUUUUCUGUAUUCUUGAUCUGAAUGUAGAUAACAUGGUCUCGAAGCUGAGUCAUGAAAAUAAAAUAUCUUGUUAUCGUGAGAUUUCUUAAAGAUUGAAUGAAGUGUGUUUCAGAUGUUUUUAACGAUAUAGGCAUCCGCUAUAUGAUAGGUACAGGUCUUAGUAUUCUCUACCCUGACUCUCAUAGUCAUUAAUGAAUAGCUUAUUAGGCAUGUUGUCAUGAUUAUGGAUAGACGAUAAUAAAAUAUAUACAACGACACUGGAGAAAUCAAAUGGUCAGUUUUGUUUUUUUUUAGGUAUAUUUCAAAGUGAGACAUCCAUUACAUGGCAGUGGCGAGCUAUUUUCUUCUACAAAGACCACCAUUCAUUUUUCUGUUUUCCAAAGUAGUUGUUGCUGAUUACAAAAUGACGUGUUACUUUUUAUGCCUUUGUUGUUAAUCAACUACUUUCGUUCACAAAUACAUCGAAUUUAAUACAAUGUAACGCCAUAAAAGGAUAUAUUUUUCUUAAAUUUUCAUCAAGAUGUGAGUAUUCAACAUUUAUAUGAGAGGCCAGAGCUGUGAAAUGUGCACAGAAUAUGUGUCUUAGAACAUCUAUCAUCUAUACCAACCAACAUCAUUCAACUUUAUAGAUUUAUAUUUAUUCGUCUCUGUUUAGCAUUUAUAUUAUUUACACUACAUUGUUCACUUUGGAAACCAGUAAUAUUGUGCUUUUAUUGCAUUUCAUUUUAUUCCAGAAUGAAACGUUUGUUAGCUUAUUAAAGACCAUUGUGCUGAUCUUUUUUACUUUAAGAUACCCACCUACCUGUUUUCAAUUUCCAUUAGGAUUUGAACAGGCAUAUAUUAUAUAAUUAUUUGACUAGCAAAUUCUUGCUUGAUGGCAACUUUACCUUGAAUCAAUUUCUUCUUUUCUAACUACAUCAACACUUGAAAUAUGUUAUUUAUAUCUCCUCGUGACCUGAUUUUUGGCAAGCUAUAUGACCAAGGAACUUGGACUAAUUAUUCAUUGGUGUUACUUUGACUGAAUUUACUAUCAUAGCAUUUGUAAACGUUAUUUAGACAAGAGCGCAAUAUGGCUCGUGAUAGCCACACUUCUAAACUUGUCGAACUUGAUUUUCAUAUUUUAAUAAUGAGUCUGAUUAAAUCAAAUUAAUAAAUGUUAGUUAAUUUAUUUAAAUAUAGUGUUAUCGGUAAUAAGGAAUAACAAAAUAGAUUUGAUUUACCAUCAAACUUAGCACGGUAAAAAAUGUUGUCAAAAAUUAAUAGAAGGAUCUAUAAUUUAUAAAUCACAAGAACGGUUUCAGCCUGAAACGACACACAGAUAUUUUUCCAUACAUUGGAUAAUGAUAAGUAUGUAACCAACAGAUGCGUCAUAUGCCAAGACUGGGCUAUUAUAAACAUCAAACUAAAACCAAAUGUCAGUAAAAGUGAUACCUUACUAUCACAAGGGUAUCUUGUAUAAAGUGUAAGACACACAAGCUAUACCAAUUUUGAUUCAAUAUUGAAAUAGAAUUAUACAUCCAUGCAGAAUAUAAUGGUUAAAUAUCUGUGCUUGUUAUUUUCAUUCGGAGACGAGUAUCAAUUAUUUAACACCCUAUACAAAUGGAUUCUUUUUUUUCAAAUAUACUACACUCAAACUGCACAUAUGUAAUUAUAAAGGAUUAUGUGUAAUCUAUCAUUUUUAUCUGUAUCUUAUAUUGUGUUGUAAACAUUUACUUCAUUCGUAUUUACCACACAUUUUUAUAGUACUGUUAUGUCUCAACAGUGUCACAUUAAUUCACUACACAACAUACAGCAUCAUCAACUUAUUAAUGUUUCAAUUUGUAGUAGAUUGAAAAUAAUUAACUUCAGUGUUCAAAUUCGAUAAUCGAGUUAGUUUGUUUGCUCUGUUUCAUUACAAUUUGUAAGAUCUUGAGUUUGAAUCGGUUAGAGAAAUUCUUCAUCCUGAUCAUAUACACCAUCGAGUACUCAAUUCAGUUCUCUUUUUUGUGUGGCUAUUUGGGUAAUACAUAUACUACAUGUCGAUGCAAAAUCGUAUAUUGCAAUGUCAUUUUGAAUAUAGACUUAUUCAUAUUUGAAUACUUGAAUUAUUUCCCUGCGCCCAUUUUUGUAAUAUUGGAAUUUUCAUUCAGUUACCUUAAAUAAGCUAUAUACACUCGAAUUUGUAUAGUGGCAUAUUAAUAACCUUUGUUAUAAGUCAUUUUUAGCUAGUUGCAAACAAAAACAAUAAUGCACAAUUCAACAGGAAAACAAGUUGGUCUACAGAAUUCGUAUAGUGUAUCAUACAUCAAUCAUGAUUCCAGGUUGAUAUAAUUUCUUUGAACAUUAAUUUUAACAUGUUAACAUGAAUUGGUUACCAACUCGUAAUAUCAUUUCUUUCAGAAAGAAAAAGAUUUGAGAAAUACUUUUACACUUGAAAUGGAUAUGACGAGGAAAAAUUAUACAGCAUAUAUUUGAAGGUUUAUCGUAUACAUUACCAGAUUUUGAUUGAAAGGACCGAUUGCUCAGAUAGCACAAAACAUGAGUUGACAAAAUGAUGUCUGAAUAAUACCUUACGAUCCGUUUUAUGACGUCUGAAUGUCACCAAAAAUAAUUGAACGAAGUCCAAAUUGCUAUGCAUAAAAAAAAGAAAUCAUUUUUUUUCUUGCCAAUGGAGUUACGGAGUUAGUAUUUCACAAAUAUAAUCCUCUUAUCACGUAGAAUAGAUGGUGUGUAGAUACUAAUGAAUAAAUUUUGGAAUUUUUGCAUGUUUCAUAAAAGCAUAACGUAUUUUGAGAAUCGCUUGAACUGCAAUGUUAAAUAGGUGCUUUAUUUUAUUGAUGAAACUGCGUUUGAUAUUAAUUGCACUGGAAAAUUCAGAAUGUAAAACAAGUUGAACAAAAUUGUUUAUAGAAUUUCAUACCAGGAAUUAGUGUUGUGAUAAUGAGAAUACAAGUAGAAAGUGAAUUACGUAGACAUAUAUUUUAAUAAUCAAUUACAAAUAAUUUAUAUGCAAAGAAUGAAAUCAGUAAAAAUGUAUAAAACAAACAUCUUUAUGGAACCAUGCCACAGAACUGAACAUGCAUCUAAAUGUUUCAAACUUAUAUUGAAUGUGUUCAGCUAUUGAAAACCUAAACAAGAUACUGCUUUUUGCCAUAUAGCUUUUCAAUAAUACCGUAUUUUAUAGGUGUUAUUCGAUUGGUCCUUACAUAAAUUGAGGAAUUGUAAUGGAUUUUGAAAUUAACCAACAACAUAUCCAUGCAAUAUUGUCACCGUCAUAUUUGUAGUGAAUUCUAAAAGUGGCUGAUUUAUCAUGACGAUUGGUUGUAGACAUAGGAAAGGACUUCGCCAAAGAUGAUGACUUUUUACUUACAAAUUCAUGAUCCUACCAAUUUCGGCUUUGGUUCGUUACAAAGCAAAGAAACCUGACAGACUGACUCAAAUAUCAUUAAUUUCACCUUGUAAGAAUAUAAAUAAUAGCUUGACUAUCAUAAAGCAAGCUGGAUUUAUGUGCCAUUUCUUUUUUGUUUUGAUAAGCUGCAUUGUCAGCACAGAAACAUUCAAACUCUUUGUGUAACAAUUAUCUCCGUUGAACAAAACUAUAAUUAUAACACUAUAUAAUGAAUAGUUCAUAUUCACUGUAUUUCAAUCUUACCUACUGAAUUCCGUAAAUCUACCUUGACGAAAUAAAUUUGUUGGAAAAUUUUCUGGUGAUACGGAUUAUUGUGAAGUUCUUCAUUAAAAAAAGUAAUCUGAAGAAUAAUGCAAUCUUGCGUCAUAUUGAAAAGACUCGUUAAUUUUCACGGAGAACUAAAUUUGUCUCUGUCUCUCGAAACAAUACAUCAUUGACAUCGAGGUUGUACAUCAUCAUUUAUUUGUUUUUUACAUCAGGCUUAAAUUCAUCAAAGUAUGAUACUCCAAAAUCUAUAUAUUAUUAAUAAGAUGAGACCAUUGAAUGGAUGUGGAAGGAAACAAAAAGGGCGGGGUUCAUGUAGUUGUGAAUGAAUCGUUCCUGCGCUAUCUCCGUCAACAACACAACUAUUCUGUACUUUUAGGAGCACCAGUGCUUAAACGUCGACUACGCACUAGUGCUUA